AUGGCCGAGCUCACGUACCGACCCGGGAAGCAUCGUUCCGUGGUCGACCCUUCCAAGACUCGCCACCAUAAGCCGCGCACGACCGCACCACGCGAACCGGGAGGCAUGGACUCACGACCGUGCAGCACUUCAUCUGUGCCACACACGAGCGUACCGUCCGAUCAGGAAGGCAUCGUCCCGCGUCCGGCCAAAAACAUUCGACCAAAACCAUUCGUCUGGCCGAACCCGACGACCGAACGACAAAUCCCUCGGCCACGAUCGACCCGAUCGUGCCAAUGGCCAAUCAUCAUCUGA